UAUUAUUGUAGCUUUAAGUUGAGUGAAGUGGCUUUAAUAGAAUUUGUGGGUUGUGAUUUUAAGAGGAAUAUAUUGUUAAUAUUAGUCUCUCAGUUUGAGCUGAGCCUGGGGGCCUUAUAUUUUACAACCAGAGAUGUUAUGAAAGCCCUUCGGUGAUAUUUCAUUGUCCACAGGCGGUGAAAACGUUUCGCGCUCGUUGUUUGCAGCGGUAUGAUCAGCGAUUGAUGAUGCUGUGUUGUUAGCGUUAUUCUGUCUUCUGAUUGGCUAUCGUAAUUAUCUCCACACGCGCGCUGACAGCCAGAGCAUCCCAUCUUGUCACGCGCUUCAGCUCUCGCCAAACGCCUUCCGUCACAUUCUGCUUCAGUUACAGUUAUGUGUAUGAAAACAUGGAGCUGUCAAGGAGUGAAGAUCCUUCAGUUGAUCGGAAGAGGUCAAGUAAGGCAUGUGGCCGGAGUAAUUGGCCUCAAGAACACAAAUCUCAAACCAUCACGAAUAAUGGAUUUGUGAAUACACACAAUUCUGAUGAAAGCCCAUCCUCACUGCCUGUGCCAGACACUCUGGACAUACUGUCUUCAGGGGUUAGUGACAUGCUCUCAGAAGGUCAUAGGCAGCUCCAUGGCUCUUUCAGAAGAAGCAGAACCCAUGACUGUGUGAGAGGAACGGGACAGCAGCAAGCUGAGAGCCCUGUGUACAAAGAUUGGAUGAACUGGCACCAUCACCAUAAGCUGGUGACCAGUGUCAGCUAUUCAGGAUUUGAGGCACCUCUAAGGCUGCUUUGUGAGAAUCGAGAUACAUCUGGCAGCAGCCAUGAAAUCAUUGAUUACCGUAACCUAACACCUCAAGUGCCCUUUGUGCCCUGCAUAGCCAAGUCCGUUCCUAAAAAGAGGCUCUCCCUGAGGAAACCUAGGAAGGCCAAUAAGGACUUGUUUGUUCACAAUAGACACAAACUUGAGAAACCUAUGUCCCCAAGUACACCAUGUCAUGUUACAGGUGAGAAUGUUCCAACACUGAAAUGGAGGAGGAAGACGGUAAGGCACCGAAAACGUACCACUGCCGGAAACAGAUAUAAUGAUGAACUCAGUGAGACUCCCUCCGAUGCUUCCAGUGAAUGUUGUGCUAAUGUCUGUGAGGAUGCUGCUUCAUUACAAAGCUUUGGAUCUCGGGCUGGUUGUGGUGAGAUAUUUGCUGAUGAUCUUGUAUCACCUGAGGGGGUCCUUAGCCAUGAGCAUCACAAAGUUGCCUGUGAACCUCUGAGGAAAAGCUCUACUACUACAGGAUUCCAGGGAGGUAAGGAGUGUCUGGCCUCUCCAGCGCACACUGAGGUCCUGGACAUGUUUGGGUUGUGGGAAACCCUAAACAGAACUUUGCUUUUAGGGCAAAGUUCAAAAGCAACAGGACAUGCAACAAAAUCCACAACCCCUAUCACAAAAUCUCCUUCCACAACCAAGUCUGAAUAUGAAACAACAAAUACACUACAACCUAGAGAGGCCGAGAUCAGGGAAUUUAAUACUGAUGUGAUAACACCCAAAAGUGAUAACCGAGGGAACACCAGUGAUGAGGGCUACUGUGAUUAUGUUUCUCCUGGUUUUGAGGACCAUAGCAGAAGUUCCCUCACUCCAGUGCAUUCCAUUAAUAUCCCAAGGGACACGUACAGUAGAGAUGUUCUUUAUGAGCUAUUCUGUGACCCCAGCGAGGCAGAGAUGACCUCGAUCUUUAAUAAUGAGAUCAAUCUAACAGACAGCAUCGUUGGCCAGUGCAGUGAUCUUCCAUUAUCCAUGUACAGCUUCCAUGAUGGAGCAGAGGAGAAUCUUGCCCCACCUUUGGCCCAGGACUUUGUUGGUCAAGAGCUUCUGCAAAGUAAAUGGAUGGGGAAGGAUUGCUUACUAAAGCUUUGUGACACUGAGAUAUCUAUGGCUAUGGGUAUAGUUAACUGGCUAAAGCAUAGGACUGACAAUAGCAACACAACAGAGUUAAGAUCUUCAAAAAUGAGAAGUGAAGAAACAAGAGAUGAAUGUCUGAGAUGCAAAACGCAGUCAGCGAGGAUUAGGAAAUCAACAAAAGGAUCGAGAACUGUUAACGGUAGAGGAGACACAGCUGAUUUUAAAGAGUCAAGUCAGAAAAGCGUUGGUGCUCUACCCUCAAAAUAUGAUGCAAACACAGUGAUGUCAACCUUGGCUUCUCCAGAGAGCCAACCCAAGACCCCAAUGAGUGGUGUGUGUUUCAGGAUAUUCAAUAUCGACUCUCCUAAAACUCCAGGUGGAGAUUUGCAGUCCCCGGUGGUAAGCUCUCCUGGCUCUGGGACAAGGUCUUUGUUUGUGUUGGCCAUAAACAAGGAUUCUCUUUGUGAAUCUUGCAAGAGUUCUCUGAAAAAUGGAGCGAAAGAUCUGCACCUGUGCCGUUCUUGCAUGUCCCUCAUUGAGCACAUCAAGACUUCAGACCUUUGGGCCCAUGCCAGUCUCCCCAGGUCCACUCUAACUCCACAGCCAAUAACCAGAGACCUACUCUCUCCAGCCAGCAUCUGCGGGAUAAGAAGUGACAUCAGCAUAGCUUCCCUUGUUGAGCAGUGUGCUAGUCAGUUGUCUUCUAUGAAAAUCAACUUUACUCAAGCUCACUCAAGCUGUAAGAUAAAAGAUAUCCUUGUACCUGAGCAAGGGGUAAAAAGGAACAAAGAACACUCUCAAAAAUACAUAAAGAAAAAGAAAAGGCCAGUGGCAACUUCUGAGAGAGGCUUGGAUGAUAGACAUCACUUGAGGAAGUCCAGCUUUUCUGAAGAUGUGAAACCUUCCCUUUUGGAGACUAAGGGACUUGGUUCUGAUGAUUUGGUGUUGGAAACUUACGGUCUAUGUGAGGUUGAAUCUGGUGAUGCAGAUGUAUCUCAAGCUACCAGGCCUACAUCUCUUCCUCUCAUGGCCUCUGCCUCUUCAGAUUUUCAUUGCAGAGAGAACCAACACAUACACCAUUUGAAUAAGACUGAAGAGGGAAACCCAUCCAAAAAGACGCACAGAUUACGGCAUCACAGGAAGUCUGCUGUGAAUAGUGAGGGAUCAUGCAGUGUCUUUCCAGGGGAUCGAAAAGUAGAACGCAGAUGCAGAAUGAAGAAGUGAAACAGAUUCUGAAUUUGUGGAUCCUGUCUUAAACUCGUUUCUUGUGUCCAGUACCUCAGUCCUCUGGGCAGCUGACCUCUCUACCAGCUGUCAAAGUCUCUACCUUUCUUCCACAAGAAAUCUGACAUGUUUGCUCAUUUUACUGUCAACUCAGCAACACUGUCAGCCUGGAACAACAACAGGUCUGUUGAUCUGUUUGUUUGAAAAGUGAAAAGUCGUAUCAGUGUUUUUCUCUCUCUACAGUGUUUCUGCAAUCACUGCUAUUUCUUAUUGCAAGUUUAUUGCUGGAGUUUUCAAACCAAGGAUCAAUGACAGUACAUACUAGUGCAAUAACUACAAUAACACUUUAUUAAUGUCCGAGGGACACAUUUUAAACUGUUGUCUUAGAGAAAAUGUAUGGAAUUUGACAUUGUGGGAAGUUAUACUUAAGCUUGUUUUUCUACAUCGAAACAAUCUGUCAAGCUAUUUGAAAAGCUCUAUUCUAGAGUUUGGAAGAGAAACAGACAGUUUCUUGAAAGGAUUGGGACAGCUGGAGACAUAGUAAUGGAAUCAACUUUGCAUUUUCAUUUGUCCAAUUAGAGUUCAAAACAGAGAUGGAUAAUCGUGUAUCAGUGAAUAAACGAGGUAAAGUAGCCCUUUGAAAGAACGCCUCUGAUCUGGCUGAUGUGACCAGAAUUGAUGAGAGGCACCAAGAAAAGGGUCCAUUCAUAUAUAUAGUAGGCCUCUUCACAAAGCAGGCAGGUGGAACUUUUACUUGUUGUCUUUGUCCAUUUUGAAUUGUAAAUCUGCCAGUUCAGUCCCUUUGUUUACUUGGUAAAUACUUCAACUCAACCUAGACUGCAAUAGUCUAGCUAGGGCUGUUAUUGAACAGAAUUCCCAUAAAUACAACCCCUGGUAUAACUAGUAAUCUAUAUAUGUCUGCACACCCUUCUUUGAGCACACAGUUAUCUGCUUAAAUAUAGAUGUCUGCACAUCUAUAUUUGGUUGGCCGGUUAUCUGUUAACACUGAACUUUAUUUCAUACCAUUUAUUUACACUCUUAAUGGUUAUGGAUGUUUAUAUGAAUAGAACAAAUUUUUGCAAAAAUAAAUUUGGAUACCAAAAAAAUGGUACCUUUAGAAGUGGCCUAUAUGUGCAUGCAAUCCUUGCUCUAAACAAAAGGAAAUCAAAGGGUCGUUUCGAAGAAACCCUUUCUGCUAAAACCUUAGCAGCUAUUAGUAAAGUAUUAUAUUUCAGGGCCUCAACCUGUUUUUCAUUACAUCACUAUCAGCCAUAACAACAUCUGGUACAGGGUUGAUGUCAGUAAUGAAGGCAAGGAUAAUCCUCAAUAAAAGCACUAUAGUUUUCAUAUUAUUUGAUAUACUUAAAAUUGAGGAAGUUGUUUUAUUUGUGUUGCUGUUUAGUAUUUCUUGUACAAAUAAUUAUAUUAUUUCUCAGGAAAGGUGUGUCAAAAUUCAAGAAUUAGAUGACAGAUAAUAGCAUGUAAGACUUGAACCACUGUCAAUAUCCUAAUAAUAUGAAUGAUUAUAUUGCUAAAUGAAUGUGUUGCAUGAAUUUGUAGGCUAUAUAAACUUUGUAAAGUGCAGAUUUUGUUGGAAUGGAGUAUAAAGAAGGUUAUUUUGUCACCUCUUAGUGCCAUUAUAUUCUUUUCAAGACAAGGCAGCUGACAAUUAUCGUAGUUCUGUGCAAUAUUUAUACUGAUGUGCUUACCUUUGUCACUGAGUAUUAAUAAAAACCUGUUUAUGAAUCCAUAUGGAUUUAAAUGACAUCUUUUUGGCAUUUAUGGUGUACCAAAGGUUGAUUUCACACUCCGAUGUGGGCUGUUUCUAAACCAAGCAGAUGAGCUGAGGUGUCAGCACUGUAUGUAUUGACUAUAGCUCAGACAUUGCUUAAUGGACAGAACAAAAGCUGAGCAAACAACAGAGUGAGUGAACAGAGCCCUGUAUCAGGCCUGGCGCCGGCUGUACUUUAAGACAAAAUCACAUCAACAAGUCUGUGAAUAAAUGUGGAUAUAAAAAUUACUCUCUCUUUGCAGAGCCACUUUUUCUCCAAAAGCAUUACAAUAAUCUUAAUAUAAUACAAUAAUAAGCUUAAUUAAUUAAGUUUAAUUAAGGGAUUUCAACCAGGGGUCUGUGAAGAUACUUCAGGGGGUCCAUAUGACGUAAGAUUAAGGAAUAGUUCACCCAAAAAUUAAAAUUUGCAGAAAAUUUUGUUUGUUUCUUCAUAGGAAAAGAUUUGGGGAGAUUUAACUUUAUAUAGCCAACAGAUACUCUGAAGUGAAUGGGUGCUGUCAGAAUGAGAGUUCAAGAGUUCAAACAUCUAUUAAAAACAUCAGAAUAAUC